UUUCCUGUGCCGCCAUUUCGGGAUUGGUGAGGUCGGGAUAGUUGGGAGGAGGAGGCCGGUCGUUGCGUCUGAUACAGGCGGCGUCAUUCGGCGCCGAGUACUAGCCGGGAGCCGGAGAGAGGGCCCUGAGUAGGAGGGGGACCGUAGCUAUGGCUGGCAACUUUGACUCUGAGGACCGAGCGAGCUGGUAUUGGGGCAGGCAGAACCGACAGGAGGCGGUGAACCGUCUGCAGGGCCAGCGGCACGGGGUGUUUCUGGUCCGGGACUCCACCACCAUCCCCGGGGACUACGUGCUGUCCGUGUCCGAGAACUCCAAGGUCUCCCAUUACAUCAUUAACAGCGUUAGCAACAACAGGCAGAGCGGGCCCGGAGGGAAUCAAUGCAGAUUCCGAAUAGGUGACCAAGAGUUCGAUUCACUACCUGCCCUAUUGGAAUUUUAUAAGAUACAUUACCUGGACACUACCACUUUAAUAGAGCCGGUUUCCAAAUCCAAGCAGUCUGGUGUAAUCCAGAGACAAGAAGAAGUGGAGUAUGUGAGGGCUCUAUUUGACUUUAAUGGUAAUGAUGAUGAAGAUCUUCCAUUUAAAAAAGGAGACAUCUUGAAGAUUCGAGAUAAACCAGAGGAGCAGUGGUGGAAUGCAGAGGACAGCGAAGGAAGGAGGGGCAUGAUACCUGUGCCAUAUGUCGAAAAGUACAGACCACCAUCUACUCCAGGGUCCGCUUUGAUUGGAGGUAACCAGGAAAAUUCGCAUCCGCAGCCACUGAGUGGGCAGGAGCCAGGGCCCUAUGCCCAACCCAGUGUCAACACUCCGCUGCCUAACCUCCAGAAUGGGCCCAUUUUUGCAAGGGUAAUCCAGAAGCGAGUCCCCAAUGCCUACGACAAGACAGCCUUGGCUUUGGAGGUUGGUGAUCUAGUAAAGGUAACCAAGAUUAACGUUAGUGGUCAGUGGGAAGGAGAGUGUAAUGGCAAACACGGUCACUUUCCCUUUACGCAUGUGCGUCUGCUGGAUCAACAGAAUCCUGAUGAGGACUUCAGCUGAGUGUGACGGGGAGCCAUUCCUAAACCAUGAACAAUCUUGCUCUGUCUCCCUCUGUUUUUUUUUGUUUUGUUUUUUGUUUUUUUUUAAACCUGCCAUUAAGACUGCACUCCACAGAUUUCCAGCUGUGUAGGUCAAGAAUAGUCAUACCCCAGAAUUCUACCAGUCAGUUCUUCUGAGAUCUGGCAGAGUCAGGGCACAUGCUUGGAAUCCAUCUUUCAAACAAUGCAGGAUUUAAUGGUGAUGUUAAAGUAAUGUCAUGCUCAUCUGCAGAUAACUGCACGAUUUCUCAUAACAAAACGUAUUUUUAUUUGAACAAAAGACAUUUUAGGGCCUUUAUUUGUAUUUUCCUCUUCCAUUUUGCCAACCCUUCAAGACUAGCAGUAACACUCAAGAAAUAUGGUGUUGGCUGACUUUCUUUUUUUUUUUUUCUUUUUCAUAACCACUGUAGGUAUUGCUUUUGGCACCAUUCUUCACAAGAUAUGCAUUUUAAGUGACUUGAUAAACUAGUCAGUAUGAAUAUGAAUUCUCUCAUGAAAGAAACUUACCAACAAGUCACCUGUGUGGAUUUCAGUAUUUCCAGGGAUUUCAUUUCUAAGGGAUAUGCACAUUUUUAUUUGUCUGAAAAUGUAGCAAGUCGUCUGGAUUAGCAAACCAUUUUUAGAUAAAUAUGCAUUUGUUUAUUUAAAUUUGAUUGUUUCCCAUGCAUCCAUAACGCUAAUGGAAAUAUGGUGUAUCAUCUGGAAUUCUUUUAAUGGGAAAGACCAAUCAUGUGGUUUGUGUGUAAGGUGAUAAAACACAAUGUGAGUGUGUCAAUUUAUAAUUACAUUUUGCUCUGAUUUAUAUAUUGACACAAUUUGCAGUGGGUUUGUUUUGCCUCUGCCCUUU